AGCGGCUGAUUGGACAGAGGAGGAGAGAGAGCUCGUACCUGCCAGGUGGAAGUGUGCACUGCUGUAUUAUUGGCUGAGAGGAGUUAAAUGGGAGUAGUGGGACUCCUCCUACUUCCUUUUCUCUACUCAAAAGCACCGGUGGAAGCAGCUGAGGAGUAAAAGGAGAAGGGAAUAUACAAGUAGUGGACUUCUGACAGAAACACGCCUUGUGGGAGUACAACAGCUGAUUGAUCUCAGAGUUACGACGUGUGCUGAAAACAAAGAUUGAUAGCUUGGACGUGCAGCAAACAUGGCCUCCGUCGCACCGUUCAGCCGCAGACCCUGGGCGUCCCAGUCUCUGAGGGUCACCGCCAAGGAGCUGUCCAUCGUCUCCUCCCGGGGGAAACACAACGCCAUCGCUGAGCGCUUCUCCAAGUACCAGAUGGCAGCAGAGGAAGGCAACGCAGAGAAGAAGAAAGGGGUUGCAGAGCCUCUGCCCUCUACACUGCGCAGCGGGAACCUGAGUGUUUUAAAGAAACGUUGGGAGCAACAGCAGCAGAAGCCAAGCAUCAGAGCUCCACCUAAAGCUUCACCCUGCAGCCCUGCAGCCCCUCAGACCUCCACCAGUCUGUCAGCAGGCCUUAAAUCCAGACCCACACCCACACCACAGAUCCAGGACAAGUCAGACACCUUAAAAACCACCACCACCACCACCACGUACGCUGAAGACCAGACUCCUGAGCUGGAGACGCAGGUUCCCUCUGAGACCAGCUCCAACCACAUACAGUCGGCCCCGCCCGAGGAUCUGACUGACAUGGAGGAGAAGCCCAGCAGAGAGGCGGAGGAGCAGGAGAGAGCGGCCGCCGAAGUGCCCGAAUCAGAGAAACCCAGCAUUCCUCUGAACAGCCUGAAGAUGAUGUUUGAGAAGGGCGAGAAUCUGACCGACCAGGUGUCCAGGGAGCAGACCAGUAGAGGAAGCACUUCUGCCAACAUGGAGCAGCUUCUAGGAGCAGAUGGAAGUCUCGCAGAGUCCACUCCUCUCCGGGACAGGAUGGCUCUCUACCAGGCCGCCAUCUCCAAACAGGACGUCACUCCCACUUCAGUCAAUACUGAUCAGCUGGACGGAUUCUGUGGAAAGCAGAAGGAGAACGUUCCUCCGUGUUCCCUGGACCUGAGUCUGGACUCUGAACCAACCAGCAGGAAAGUUUUCACUGCAGAGAGCAACGGCUCCGCUACAGGCACCCCGUCCUCCUCAAGUCAGAGAGACUCCUCUCAGGCCAAGACCACCCCCAAGGGUUUCAGGCUGCCAGCGAGGGAGACGUGUGUGUCCUGUACGAAGACGGUGUAUCCUCUGGAGAGGCUGGUGGCCAAUCAGAGCGUCUACCACAGCUCGUGUUUCCGCUGCUCGCACUGCAACACCAAACUCAGUUUGGUGAACUACGCCUCGCUGCACAACAACGUGUACUGCAAACCGCACUUCUGCCAGCUCUUCAAGGCCAAGGGGAACUACGACGAGGGCUUCGGCCACCGACCCCACAAAGAGCUGUGGGAGGGCAAGGGGGACAGCGGAGAGACCUCCCCUCAGCCCAGCGCACAGCCCAAACCAAAGACCCAGACCACCGCCUCAGACCUGACCAGCCCAACUGUGGAGGACUCCCCGCUCGCUAAAGUCAACGUCCUGACGGCCAACAUGGAGGCUCUGGGUCAGGGGUCGGCAGAGAAGGCAGAGAGACCACCAGAAGCCCGCAGGCUGAAGAUCUCCUGGCCUCCUCGAUCAGAUGACGAGACGUCCAAAGGCGCAGACGGAGGAUCUGUUACCAAACCCAUCAAGGCCAAGUGGCCCCCAGAGGACGAGUCCCCCUCCUCCCCCUCUGAGCAGCCCAGAGAGACCCCGUCCCUCCAACGCACCUCCUCCCUGAAGGAGCGCAGUAAGCCCUUCACAAUGGCAGGACAAUCUGCUCCUGAGGCCAGGAAACCAAGUCCUACUCCUGACGAGGACCCCCGUCAGCUCAGUCCUGACCCCGCCUCCAUGGAGCUGCAGCACCAGUCCUCCGACAGCCAGACCCCCACCGAGGACAGCUGCGUGGACGUCCUCACCUCCAGCUCAGGAGACGAGGAGCAGGAAGGCGAGAUGAAGAGUGAAAUCACUCCUGACACCACCGAUCAGCAGGCGGAGCAGCAGCAGGAGGAAGAGGAGGAGGAGGAAGAGGAGGAGAUGGAGGAGGAAGAUGGAGACAUGCUGGAGGAGGAGAUGGCGCCUCUGAAACGCCAGGAGACGCCGACAGACAUCUCCUCUCCUGAAGCGGAGGUGGAGGCGAGCCGGUCGUCUCAGGACGUGGGUUUCUGGGACAGCGAGGAAGUGGACGACAAAGAGGAGGAGCAGCAGGAGGCGCUGACGGUGGAGGAGAUGAUCAAACGGAACCGAUACUACGAGGAAGAGGAGGAGGACGUAUAAACUGAUUCAUCAGUCAGAUUAACGCAGCCAUGGACUCUUAGACAACUUCACGCCAUUCCUUCUUUUUUUAAACAUUUCCUUCUUCUUCUCUUCUUUUAAAAAAAGUUGCUGCAGUGACUCGUAUAAACUCUGAACUCUUUGUGCCUCUUUCACUUUCUGAAACCUUUGAAGCCAUUCCUUCAGGAUCGUUUUUACUGUUAGAGAAUCUAGAACUCUGACAUGUUUUUAAGUGUACAAUAUUUAAAAUAACGCCCCGUGUAAUAAAUAUUUUUAGAACAAAUGUCCAACAGCAAAAAAAACAGAGGACCAGUUUUAUUUUUGUGUACAUGACUUUUGUAAUUUUCUAAUUUCAUUGAACGCCUCUUAAUCUGAACCAAGACUCUGAAGAAGAGCCCGUAGAACACAUGGUCUCUCUCUACCAAAUCAUGGGAUUAUUACAGCUCAUGUAGCUCUUGUCACUAAAUGGUCUUAAUGGAGAAAGGAAAAUUAAAGAAGACGUGUUAAAAAAACAAGAAAUAUAAAAAAAAGUCCGGCACUUUGAACUGCUACUGGGUUGAGUUUUUAACGGUCUGUCACUUUUCUUUACAGCCAACGUUCUGUCUGUACAUGUGAAGCUUCAAUAACACAAGUAUGCUCCUUUUUUGUUUUUCAUUUUCAAGAGUUCAAACUGGAUCUGAAUUAUGUUGUACUGUUUUUAAACCAUGGGACCAAAAAUCCUAGAUUGCUACUGUUUAAAUAAAUUGUUAUACAAAAUA